CCGCUCACGCCGCCGCCGCCUCAGGAUGGGUCGCGGCCGUCCCGGGGCCCCGCGCCCUGCCGCCGUUCAGUGCACCGGCGGCAGCAGCGCCGUCAGCAAGUGCUCGGCGGCGGCGCGGGGCUACAUCCAGGACCGGUUCCUGCCGUUCCUGGUAGGUCGACAGCGGCGGCGAGCCCCUCUAGUCCACCGAGGUUAUUACAUCCGUGCCCGUGCUGUGGAUCACUGCAUCCAGGACUUCCUGCAGAGGACCCGCGGCCACCCGAGGACCCAGAUCCUGUCCCUCGGUGCUGGCUUUGACUCCCUGUACUUCCGUCUGAAGGACCUGGGCCUGCUGCCCCGCACCGUGGUGUAUGAGGUGGACUUCCCCAGCGUGGUGUCCCAAAAAGCUGCUCUGAUCAGAGGAGUGCAGGAGCUGGUGGAGCUGGUGGGAGAUGCUGGAGGAGAGCCAGGGGUCAUGCCCUUCUCUGCAGGGGAUUACAAACUGCUGGGAGCAGAUCUGUCACAGCUGCCUGAACUGGAGAGAGCCCUGGAGCAAGCAGGGGUGGACAGGGAGGUCCCCACCCUCUUCAUUGCAGAGGUGGUGCUCGCCUACAUGGAGAGCAGCAGGUCGGACGCACUGCUGCGCUGGGCUGCUGAGCGCUUUCCCUGUGCUGGGUUCUUGCUGUACGAGCAGCUGGGCCCCCAGGACCCCUUCGGCCGCGUCAUGCAGCAGCACUUUGCCCGCCGGGGCUCUGCCCUGCGCUCCCUGGCACAGUACCCGGACUGUGAGGCGCAGUGCAGCCGCUUCCUGGCACGGGGCUGGAGCGAGUGCAGCGCCAUGGACAUGAACCAGUUCUUCACCUGCUGCACCCCAGAGCAUGAGCAGCAGAGGGUGCAGGCUCUGGAGCCCUUUGAUGAGUAUGAGGAGUGGCACUUGAAGUGUUCUCAUUACUUUGUCCUGGCUGCUUCCAAGGGGAUGGAACCUCCCUGGACUCCGUUGGUGCCCAGCAGGACAGCUCCUGGUGGCCGUGGUCCCGCCCUGGCUGGCAGCGUCCCUGCGGCCUGUGCCACAAGCUCCCCCGCGCCCGGCCUGAGGCGCUUCGGGCACCGCUCUGUGCUGCUGCGGCCUGGCCUGGUGCUGACCACGGGGGGCUUCGGGCAGGAGGAGGGGCAGCACCGCCGUGCCAGCAGCUGCCAGCUGCUGCUGAGGCGUGCGGGGCGCUGGGCUGCGGCGAGCCUGAGCAUGGAGAGCGGCAGCUGGGACGGGCGGCUGUACCACACCAUCAGCUGUGUCUCCAGGGGUCUGGCCCUGGUGGUGGGAGGCCGAACAUCCCCAUCCAGUGCCGGCCUGGGAAUGCUGUGGCUGAAAUUCCCUGAGAGAUGCAGUGCCUGGGACCCAGUUGACAUCAGGGUGGAGCUGGUGAGCCUGCAGCCUGCUGUGGAGGCAGCUGCUCUGCGCUGGAGGCACAGCGCGACCCAAGUGACCUUCCAAGGUCAGCAGUACCUGUUCCUGUUCGGCGGCCGCUCUGCCACACAGCCUGUCCUGGGGGACUGGCACUUCCUGCACACCCAGGAGCUGUCCUGCUCCAUGAUCCCCGUGCAGGGUCCAGCCCCGGAAGGUCGCCACUCCCACAGUGCCUGCGGCUGGAAGGGAGGGGUGCUGGUCGCAGGGGGCCUGGGGGCAGGCGAGCAGCCCCUGGGCUCCCUUUGCUUCCUGGAGCCGCUGGAGGGCGGCUUUGGGUGGCAGGUGCUGGAGACCAGGCCUCCUCUGGUGCCACGGUACUCGCACACGGCCCACGUGCACCGGGGGCGGCUGCUGCUGGUGGGGGGGGUCUGGCUGUGCCCGGCCCCGGCGCCCGGCGUCACCGUCGUCGACUUGGCCACGGGGCUGAGCCUGGACUACGCCCUUGGCACGGAGCACCUGGAGUGGCCACUGAUGCUGCACAACCACAGCAGUGUCCUUCUGCCAGAAGAGGAGGAGCUGCUGCUCAUCGGGGGCGGUGGGAACUGCUUCUCCUUCGGGACACACCUGAAUGCAGAGCCUGUCUGCUUGAGCCUCAGGCACAUCCUCACCAGCCACUGACUGGGACCAGCUGGGACUGAGCCAGGCUGCCAUGCUGCAGUGGGACAUCGCUGCUGGUCCACACAUGGUCAGAUGUCUCCACCAAGGUUUUGUGUCCAGGACCACGAGGGGCAGUUGGGACAAUUUUCCCCCUCCUCUGCUUGGUUUUGUACUGCUCUUGGUGCUGCUGUCAGGAGUGUCCCAGCAGCAGCUCCCUGGUGGGGUCAGUGGGCUGAAGAGGGGACAAGAGGAGCAGUGCUCCAGAGGGACACGUGGCAGGUGCUGGCCUGGAGGUGCAGCCAGUGGAGGUGCUCAGCCAAGUGGCUGAGUGGAAGGAGGUGUCUCGAGAGGUGCAGCACUGCUGUCCUCAGCAAGAGUUCUGCUCUGUGAAAAGCCAAUCCACAUGCAGUCCAGACUUGUCUGUCUGUCCCACACAAAUGGGUGGUAGGUGUCUGCCACCACCAGCACAGCCACCACAGCCAGGCCCGUGGUGCUUACAUGGGCACAGGACCCUCGGCCAGUCAGUCACCGUUCCCUGUCCAUCCCAAGAGGUCAUGGAAUCACAGAAGGGCUUGGCUGGGAAGUGACCUCAAAGCUCAUCCAGUUCCAACCCCCUGCCAUGGGUGGGGACACGUCCCACUAGCCUGUGUUGCUCCAAGCCUUAUCCAGCCUGGUCUUGAACACUGCCAGGCUUGGAGCCUCCACUGGGCAACCUGUUCUGGUGUCUCACCACCCUCCCUCCAGCUUCUUCCAGUCUGAAGCCAUCACCCCUGCUCCUGUCACUCCAGUCGCAGGAACUUCCACCUCAACCUGAGGAGACUUCUUUGGUGUGAGGGUGCUGGAGCCCCAGACCAGGCUGCCCAGAGAGGUUGUGGAAUCUCCUUCUCCAGAGAGAUUCCAAACCCACCUGGAUGUGUUUCUAUGUGACCUGUGCAUGGUGAUCCUGUUUAGCAGGGGGCUGGACUCAGUGAUCUCUGGAAGGCUCUUCCAACUCCACCAUUCUGUGCUUCUAUCUGCACACUGUCCAACACUGACAGCAGUUUGGGAGGCUCCCUCAUUAGCUCCUCUUUCCCUUAGUGUUGUGUUGGCCUCCUGGUUGCCCAGGGUCACUCUGGGGGAUGGUCCCCUUUGGGCCAGAAGCUGCAUGGUCCACUCUGUCCAAGUCAUCAACAGCAGGAGGAUCAACACCAGGCAUUGUUUUUUGUCACAGCCUGCUCCAGGAUGGGCAUCUUCCAUGGUGCCUCCAGCACACCCCAACCAAACUCCUUGGUGAAUUAUAACUCUUCUCUUCUGACAUCAGCACCUGAACAAGGUUGUGCCCAGUCCAGAUGUGGGGAGCUCAUGCUCCUGUGGGCCUUGUUGCUCAGACCCUGCCAGCUGUCCCCUUCCUUGUCUCCUGGGAGGUCAUUCCAUGCCAGUGGGAGGGGAGCUAGGGGACAGUAUGUGAAGUGAUGACUGGGCUUCAUCACUUCCACUGGAGCUCAGGGAGGUCCCAGGGUGAGGAGACUGUGCUGGGAUACAGCAUUUGAACAGUGUUCAGCCUGGGAUGAUGUCCUUGAGGAAAGAGACAGACUUUUGGCUGCAUGGAUUCUGUAUGGGGCAACCAGCUCAGCUCAGGGAGGUUCUGUUUUGGUGAAGCCCUGGGGAGAAUCAUCAGAGAGAGGCCCUGGGGAGUAAAUUCCCUUUGACUUGGGGUAGCAGGAGGCAGCUUUAUGAAGGCAAAGCUCUGAAGAGAUUCAUGGAACUCCUGAAUCUAGAGGAGGAAGGCAAAGAGAAGGGCGAGAGAAGGGCUUUGUGGAGCUAACAGUCCAAAAGCCUGACAGUAUUUCUAGUCAGCACUGAGCCAUUUUGGAGACAAAACAGCCAUGACCUGGAGCCUUCUGUGGGUUUGCAGCACGUAGCAGUGGCAC